UGGAACCGAGCCGGGGGAUGAACCCAGGCUCGGAGCACGGGGGGUGUUGUGUCCUCAUGGGCAGAGCUGUGCCAGGAGCCCCGAGUGCUGUCAUGGCCCCGUCAGCCCUUCCCCGGCCAGGAGGAGCAGCAGCUCUGCAGCCGAGGCAGAAGUGAAGGCUUCAGGGAGACCUCAGAGCCCCUUCCAGUGCCUAAAAGGGCUCCAGGAGAGCUGGAAAGGGACUUUGGACAAGGACCCGGAGUGCCAGGACAAGGGCGAAUGGCUUCCGGCUGCCAGAGCGUGGGGUUAAAUGGGAUAUUGGGAGAAAUUCCUCUCCAUGGGAGUGGAUCCUCCACCUCCCGCAGCGUCCGCCUGCAUUUCCGCUUCUCCCGGGAGCUGGCCAGGAGCACAGAGAUCCUGCAGGCCACCCUCUACCUGUUCUGGGCAGCCCCCAGCCCCGGGGCACAGCCAGUCACCGUCAGGCUCCUGUGGCCGGACCCGGCGGGGACAAACACGACGGUGGCCAGCGAGACGUGGCUGGAGGUGCAGAGCCCUGGCUGGACCACGCUGGACGUGGGACUGGCCGUGCAGAGCGUCUCUGGACAGGACACCCCGCGGCUCACGGUGGAGCUGGAGGUGCCGGAGGACUGGGGGUCCCCCCUCCUGGCUGACCGCAGCGAUUCCCACCGGCCGUUCGUGGUGGCCCAAGCCCGGGCCAGGACGCCCCACCGUGUCCGCCGGCGCGGCAUCGACUGCGGGGCGGGCUCGCGGAUGUGCUGCCGCCAGGAAUUCUUCGUGGACUUCAAGGAGAUCGGCUGGGAGGACUGGAUCAUCCAGCCCGAGGGGUACCACAUGAACUACUGCGCGGGGCUGUGCCCGCUGCACAUGGCCGGGAUCCCCGGCCUCGCCGCCUCCUUCCACACCGCCGUCCUCAACCGCAUCAAGGCGGCCAGCGCGGCCGCGGCCGUGGACUCCUGCUGCGUCCCCACCCAGCGCCGGCCCCUCUCCCUGCUCUACUACGACCGCGACAGCAACAUCGUCAAGACCGACAUCCCCGACAUGAUCGUGGACUCCUGCGGCUGCACCUGAGCGGGGCAGGGCGGGACACCGCGGGCAGGGCUCCCUCCUCCCGGCUCCCAGGGCAGGGCUCCCUCCUCCCGGCUCCCAGGGCAGGGCUCCC